CUUCCCUUCUCUGGAGGGAAGGAGGAAUGGCAAUGGAAGCAAAGAGAGGACGCAGCCUACUGCUGAGCGUUUUCCCUGUGGGAAGGCCCAGGGCGAGUAGGAGGAAUCGCCAUCGCAGCACAGGGCUCGUUUGCUGGGCCUGAAGUCUCCCUGUGCUGCCGGGGAAACCUCGCUGUCCAACAUGCUGGGACUGGGGGUGCUCCCGAAGCGCCCGGCAGCGCAGGAUCGUGCUGUGGAGACAAGGGCUGGUGGCCGGCUGGCUUGUGCCACAGCAGGGCUGCCAGGGUGGGUGAACGCAUCUCUCCCACCUUUCCCUGGGAGCUCCAGCUUGUGACUCACCGAAACGCCAGCGAUAUUACACGGCAAUGGCACUCUCCAAAAACUCCACAUUUGUUCACUCAUUCUCUUACUUGUCCCUUGUUCUCUCCUGACCCUCAAAUUGGUUAUUUUCCUUUCCCCUACAUACUUUCCCUCGGACAUCUCUCUCCUGCCUGUCCUGUAGGCAGGAGCAGUGUUCAGCUCCAGGACAUCAUCAUCUUCUCCGGGUGUUAGUCGGACCCUCCGAUGGGAGCAGUCCUCUGGCCUUCCCUGGCACGGGCAUCGCCCAGAACAUUCCUCUGCUGUUUGAACAAGAGCGGAGCAGAAACAGUUGAUCUUAUGAAUUCCAAAAUGAAACAGAAGCUGACCGCAGGGAAGUCCGCAGGAUCUUUGCAGAAGUACCUCACAGAUACCACAUGCAGCGCUGCCCCAAGACAGACUCUGAAAAUGAUUCAGCCUUCAGCAGCAGGUAGCCUGGUUGGCAGAUAUAAUGAGAAGAAGUCUUCAGUCAGAAGGAAACUCUGGAAUAACAAGUUUGCCUCAAAGGCUUGUAAAGCUGAGGUGUCUGUGGACAAGGAGCAGGAGAAUGAGAAUGAUGUCAUUCAAGCUGAAGAUCUCAUGAUGAAAGGAAGUCCUCCAUCUCAGUAUUGGAAAGAAGUGGCUGAAGAAAGGAGGAAAGCUUUGUAUGAAGUGCUUCAAGAAAAUGAAAAGUUGCACAAAGAAAUCGAACAGAAGGAUGGUGAAAUUGCCCGCCUAAAAGAAGAAAAUGAAGAGCUCAUGUCCCUUGCUGAGCACGUGCAUUAUAUGACCAGUGUGAUUGAGAGGGUAACUGGACAAGCACCUGACAAUCUUGAGCCACUGGCGAGUCUGGCUCUAGAGGAAUCCAGACUGGAAAAUGAAGAGCAUAAUGGUGGAGAUGAGGCAGACAACCCUUCCGAAGAAGAGCCAUCACAAGCAUUGUCUAGCUUAAGGGAGAAUAGGUCAGAUGUUCCUUUAGAGGAAACAAGCAGUUUGCAACUGGAAUGACAACCUUUAAGUAGGCUUAUGUACAUGGCUUUUAAUUGCAGGAUUCUUCUUGAAAGGAUAUAUUAAACCUCAGGUAUAGAAACUCUUAUGGGAACAUUACAGAUGUUGGUGUUUUUAACUGGGAUAAUGUAUUGGAAUACUGCAUGGAAAAUUUACUACAGGCUGCAUGUAGUUGCUUGUAUGAAACACAAAUACUGUGUAUUUCAGUUGUUUUGUAAAUAUCUUCCUUAUCAGUUGUCUGACAUGAUACAUGAAAAUGGAUAAAUAAAUCUCUGCAUUACCAAAACAGCCUCUAUAUUGA